AUGACCAUAUUUGGUGAUAUUGAGGGAGGCAUUGGAAAACGCGUACAGGGUGUGCAUGGUGGGAAGAAGAAUAUAAAAAGACAAGGACGUUCUAAGUCAGAGGACAGAGUUGUCAAUAGCGGAGUUGUUGACGAGUUGAGAGUUGUCGUCUUCGAAUCAACCAAAGUCGGUACGGAAGUGUUCGUCCUUAAGGGUCACGAUCCCGAAGGAUCACCGGUGAAAUAUGGUAUACAACUCACGGACCAUUUCGUCGUAAAUCCACGCACUGGCGUUAUCACGUUGGCGAAACCUCUCGAUCGCGAGGAGAAUGAUACAAUACGGUUUCGCGUGACGUUGGAAGAUGAAGUACCUGCGGGCCAACAGCCGAACAUCGUCGGCGUGGACGCAUUCGUGAUCGUUUUGGACGAGAACGACAAUCCACCACAUUUUCUGAACGUGCCAUACGAGGCUGUAGCCGAGGAGGACCUUCCAGUUGGCUCGACAAUUCUUCCGGGUAUUAGAGUAAUAGACCCUGACAUGUUGGGCGACACCAUAGAUCUAACCUGCGUCCCUCAGCCACAGUUCCUCGACGCCUGCGAAAAGUUCGGCAUAGUGAACGUGGAGAAGAAACAGAACGCGUACGUGGGCGCUCUGGUGUUACGACAGCCACUUGACUACAGGGAGAGACCUUUUUAUCAACUGCUGCUAAGAGCGAGUGACGGGCUGAACAAUGAAACUACGGGGGUAGAAAUCAAGGUAGCAGACAUUCAGAACAGCCCGCCGGAAUUUCUAGACUCGCUAACUGGUGUGGUGCGCGAGGAUGAUCCCAUCGGAACCUUGGUUAUGACUGUCAAAGCUAGGGAUGGCGACAGGGGAAUGCCAAGGAAAAUGAUCUACGAAUUGGUCACCAAUCCAUUCGAUUAUUUUCUAUUGAACGAUGAAACAGGGGUUCUAAAAACCGCAAAGCCUCUAAACAGGGAAGCAUUAAAGGAUUCAACGGGGGUGCUGACACUGAAGGUGAGAGCACGUGAAUUAAUCGACGGUAUACCAGGUAACGACAAUCUGACAGUCUCGACGGCCGAAGCAACGGUGACGAUUAAGGAUGUCAACGACGAGCCGCCAACUUUUAAUCGUCGGGAAUAUAAUAUCGAAAUUCCAGAAAAUGUCCCGAAUGGCACGCCUCUACAUUUAGAUAUGACCGUGAAGGAUCCUGAUGUCGGUCUGAACUCGGUAUUUUCCCUCCGUUUAGAAGAUAUUACGGACGGUGCAUUUACUAUCGAACCAACUAUGGCGACUGGAAGCACAUCCGUGAACAUUCGCGUUGCAAAUGGCUCGCUCGAUUACGAGAAUCCUAAUCAGCGUAAAUUCAUCAUACUGGUCGUUGCAGAGGAGGUCCACACAAAUCCGAAGCUUGUAUCCACCGCAACCGUAACUGUCGCCAUCACGGAUGCAAACGAUAAUUCACCUUCUUUCAGCAAUCCAACUUACACGGCCAUAGUGUUGGAAACUGCACCUGCAGGCACAUCGGUUAUAACGAUCACCGCUAAAGAUCGUGAUAGUGGACGAUUUGGUACUGCUGGAAUAGCCUAUCAAUUACUUGGACAGGGUGCUCAACACUUUUCCGUUGAUCGAAAAACUGGAGCUAUUACAGUAGCUCCUUGCCCCACUCCUGGAACAUCACCUUGUUUAGAUUAUGAAGAACAGGCAGCAUAUUUCCUCACAUAUAAGGCCACCGACAAUGAUGGGCAAGGACAAACAACCAGCGUAUCAUUGCGUAUCAGUUUAUCUGAUGCCAAUGAUAGUCCGCCACGAUUUUUGCAAGACAAAUAUCGCGCCGUUAUAGACGAAGGGGCUGAAAAGUUUGAACCUGACUUAAAAGUGCAAGCACGAGAUAAAGACAAGACAUCUAAAAUUACUUAUGCAAUAGUAGGCGGUGACGAAUUAGGACAUUUUGCCAUAGAUCAAGAUUCCGGUGAAAUUACGAUAAAAAAUAAAGGACCAAUCGAUUUAACAAAUUCAACUCACGAUUGGAUUGCACUUGUUAUACAGGCAAGCGACGGAAUUUUCGUCGAUUCCGCCAUUGUUAAUAUUACAAUUCGUGACGUUAAUAAUAAUGUACCUGUUUUUCCACAUGAUCUUUAUACUGCAAGUAUACCAGAAAUAUCGCCAAUUGGAACGGUUGUGGAAGAAGUUACAGCGACCGAUGCUGAUACAGGAAUCAAUGCGGAACUUGUUUACAGAAUACAAAAAGGAGCUUUCGAUGAUUUUGCAAUUAAUGAAACGACAGGCGUUGUAAUGGUGUUUAGAAAACUUGAUUAUGACAAUAAAAACACGUACCAUGUAGAAGUUAUAGCAUUCGAUAAAGGAACCCCCAGUUUAACUGGAACAACAACCUUAAUGAUAAACGUUGAAAAUAGCAAUGAUAAAGCGCCCUACUUUACACCAGAAACGCAAAGAACUGAAGUUACAGAAGACACACCUAUUGGAACUGUCUUUACAACUCUAAAAGCUACAGAUCCAGACAGUGCCAACUUGGAAGCAUUAAACUUUGCCAUUUCCGAGCCAAUUACAGCGAUCGAUAGAAACGGUCAACGGGUCAACGACAGUAAAUCUUUUAAAGACUUUUUCGCUGUUGACCGUGCAACCGGUCAAGUCUCUGUCGUUAGACCAUUGGAUCGUGAUAUUGCAGCAACAGUGAGCAUUACCGUAGUUGUUAGUGAUACAACAGCACCCACAUUACAACAAGGAAGAGGCACUUUGGUAGUCACAAUUAUUGAUGUAAAUCACAUGGCACCAGAAUUCUUAAAACCAUGGACAAGAGAAAAUCCAGUGUAUAUAAUAGAAAUGCAAGAAGAACAACCAACUGGAGCUGUUGUAGGAGCAUUUACAGCAGUAGACACAGAUAGUAAUAUAGCAGGAUAUGCAAUUAUCCCGCCUAGUCCCUAUUUUAAUAUAGACAACGUGACAGGAAUUGUACGGACUAGUCAAGUUAUUGAUUAUGAAGAAACAAAACAACUAGAAUUCACAGUAGUUGCAUAUGAUUCUGGGGUACCUCAGUUAUCUACAACUGCUAGAGUAAUUGUUACUGUAAUAAAUAUUAAUGAUCAAGAUCCCAAAUUCGAAAAAGAAUUAUACAAUGCUUCUGUAAAAGAAAACUCACCACCAGGUACACAUGUUACUGUCGUUAAAGCGACAGAUGGAGACGAAGGCCCCUUUGGAGAAGUUAGAUAUAGUCUUAUUGGUGAUCACGCUGCUGACUUCAACAUCGGUCAUGAAACAGGAGAAAUUACUGUUGGUGCUGCAACUGUUCUUGAUAGAGAAAUAACACCAAAAAUUACUAUAACAGUAAUGGCUAGUGAUGGUGCUCAUAUAAACUCAGGACGAAGUAAUACUGUUCCAGUAGUCGUGAAACUUAUUGAUGUUAAUGACAAUCGACCAAUAUUUACACAACAUAGUUACAGAGCAUCAGUUGCUGAAAAUCUAUCAGUAAAUCCACCUGCACCUAUUUUACAGGUUAGAGCUGUUGAUCAUGAUGAAGGAAUCAAUGGAGAAGUUUGGUAUACCAUAAUUGAUGGAAAUGAAAAUGAAUCAUUUUCUUUAAAUCGUGAAACGGGCAUUUUAUAUCCUGGUGCUGCACUUCUUGGCAGAGCAGGCUCUUAUAGUAUUAAAGUAGAGGCGAGAGACGGUGCUGGUAGUGGUCCACAUUCAGACAAAUGUAAUGUCUACAUACGAGUAACAUCAGUAAAUCAGCACAAACCACAAUUUGUAUUGCCUGAAUUAACAAACGCUACUGUUGAAGUGCCUGAAAACACAGGUGUUCCAAAUUACCUAAUACUAACCGUGAAAGCGAUCGACAGAGAUCCUGGUGAAAAUGGCCGUGUAAGUUAUCACUUAAAAGUCGGGAAUCGAAAUACUCAAGAAACAGAAGAAUUUUCAAUAGAUCAAGAAACAGGUGAAUUAAAAUCGAAAAUCAUUCUUGAUCGUGAAGUAAACAGUAAAUUCGAGCUUGUUCUUGUAGCUGCCGAUCAUGGAACACCUACGGCAUAUGAAACAUUGCGACUACUUACAGUACAAUUAGUUGAUACAAACGAUAACGCACCACAAUUUUACGAUAAAUAUCAUUUUCAUAUAUCAGAAAAUCGUCCAAAAGAUUAUUUUGUCGGUAAAGUAACAGCGGAAGAUAAAGAUGAAGGGAGGCACGCGAAAGUUUAUUACUACAUAGAAGCUGGAAACGAAAAUUACGCGUUUUACAUGGACAAAUCCGAUGGUAGCAUAUAUGCAAAUAAAUCAUUCAAUCGCGAAAUUCGAGACAAAUAUAUUUUAUCAAUAUUGGCUUCCAAUGAUCCUGAUAUUUAUAUAAAUCCUGUAGAUGCAGGACGCCCAUUAACACACAAUACAGAUCAUGGACAUGUAAAUGUUACCAUAACCAUUUUGGACGAAAAUGAUAACCUACCGAUAUUUGAGCGUAAUGACUACUACGCUGGUGUUAAUUCAAUGGCAAAUGUGAAUGAUUUUGUAACACAAGUAACAGCAUCAGAUUUAGAUGUUGGAGAUAAUGGUACACUUCAUUACUACGUUGCCAGUGCAAAUCUCUAUAAAUAUGGAUCAGAGAAACCUAGUGGUUCUAUAGUUCCAAGUCCUUUUAAUGUAACACAAGAUGGUAAACUUGUUACAAGUGGAUAUAUGGCCGAAUAUAAUCAGGACAGGUUCAUUGUUGAAGUCAUAGCAAAAGAAGCUGCUAUUCCAGAAAGAUUCGCUAUGACUAAAGUUCAUGUUUGGGUAUUUGAAGCUUCACAAUUAAUAAGAGUUAUCUUGUCAAGACCACCCGAAGAAGUAAAUCGUGAACGUGAUGAGAUCGUAUCAGAAUUAUCGAAUGCAACUCAAAGCAGAGUUGUUGUUGAUGAUAUACGAUAUCAUGUAGACGCUUCGGGUCAUAUUCGUAGAGAAUGGUGUGAUAUGUAUCUACAUGUAGUAGAACCAAAAACCCAAACCAUUGCUCCUAUUCCUCAAGUACUUAAGGUUAUUGAUGCAAAAUAUGACUUCUUAAAAGAUUAUUAUGCUGGUUUUGCUAUUGAAAAUGUUGUGCCUGCUUAUGCUGGAGUACAAGAAGAACCUUUUGAUCCUGCAUUGGCAGCUUUAAUAGCCUUAUUGGUAGUUUUAUUAGUUGGUGCAGUUACUGUAACAGUAGUUUGCUGUUGUUUAAGACAUUGGGUAAUUACUGUGCCAAAUGAUAUACGGAAAAAAGAUGGCUUAAUAAAGAAACAAAUUAUUGAUGAGUUAAAUACUACAGAAAAUCCUUUGUGGAUUGAACAGAAACUUAAAUUAUAUGAAGAACAAGAAUUAACAAUGCAAGUAUUUAGUGAACCUGAAGGUGGCCUAGGCACAGAAAGACGAGGAAGCGGAGUAAGUGUUGGUAUGGGUGAUACAUCUCAAGAUAAUACUUAUGCCACUAUCCAACGCCCACUGCCCACAAACAGGCACCGUCCAACGACGCCAGAUUACACAACACUUCCAGGGAAUCACAAUCUCUAUGAAUCAGCCAUGGGUUUCCAAGGAUCAACAUUUCAGCCAUCCUCGAAUGUAAUGCCUCAACUUACACUUGACCGUGAUGGCCAACCCCAAUUUGUUUCAGGGCUAGUAUAAAUUAAGUUUUACGCCAAUCCCCUUUUUAAUCAAUAAUAUAACUUUAUCACCAUACGUUGUACCUCUUUAACCACGGCUCUAACUGUUGCACGCGCCUUUCCGAAAUUACACUCGCAUGCACACACCUUUUCGACAAUAAUCGGAUAACAUCGUUAGGUUUGUCUGCGAGUAGACGCGUGUACAAGAAGAGCACAAAAAUUAUCCCGAAUUAUGCAGAAAAAUCUACUCUGACUGUGCACCUUUUGCUAUUUCAGUUCGAACUCUUCAACAGUGAAGAAUUCAAGAUGAAGAGUAACGACGAACGACAGUCAAUAUUACUGGAAUAAAUAUUUCCCUGUAGCUGGUGUGUGCAUGUAUAUAUGUGUGCGUUGCCAACCUAUGGUCUCAUCUAACUAAUUGUUAGGUUCACUGUUAGGAAAAUCAAAAUUGCUAGAUAAUAGAUACUGUGAAAUAGCUUAAUGACCGAAGCUUGGCACGACAGAUAUAUGUAUAUAAAUGAAUGUGUAGACUCCGUCCAGCGCAGU